CGAACCCCGAGGCGUCAUGUUGUCAUGGUUGGCUGGUCACCCUUCCUGCCGAUGCCCCCCUCCACCGCGCUGUGCUGCUGAACAAACUGAUGUAGUGGCGUUAAGUAGAGUAGUGCCAAGAGGCUGAACAGAGUUUCUUUUCUUAUUUCAAUAUAGUUAUUCUUAUUUUACCAUGAAGCCAAAUCAAGUGCAGAGGGUUGAAACAAACUUGACAGUACAGCAAGAAGUCUUUGAACGAGCUUACUCAUCACUCCUAUGUGGAUUAAAAUAUGUUGACAAAAAGUGCAUAGAAAGUCUCAAAAGUGUUCACUCUGAAUCAGAGGUAGAAAGGAAAAGGGAAGCACAAAACCUAAAAAAGUCAUUAUUAGCUAUUGUAAUGGUAAUCCAAAAGUUGAAACACAAUAUCAAAAAUGAGCAUUUCAUUGAAAAUCAUGAUACUGAGUACUUUAGAGGUCAACUGACAAGCAUUGAGGAAAAUGUAACAUCAUUCAAGGGCCUCUUGGUAGAGCAAAUACAGGUUCUUAAAGAAGAAGAAAAGGACCUGCAACAUUCGAUUGAUUCACUUCACCAGCGUUUAAAUGAGAUGUCAAACACAACAACAACUCAGUCUGAAAACUCCUAUUCUACUGCAGUUCGAGUCAAAGCUAAGUCCCGUGUGUGCACACAAACAAAUGAUAGUGUGCAUCCCGAUGUGCAUGAGUUUCACCAAUUUUUGCAAAACAAUGGGGGUCACAAUGGAGGAUGGGACACAAAGGAUCAUUUGCUUUUCACACGUUUUUUGCAGAAGUACAAAGGCUUAGACCAAAUGACAACAGCUCUUUUAGAUUUCAUGCCAGACAAGACUCCAGAGGAAAUAGCUCAGCAUGAAACCUGGUACCAUGACUAUUUGACUCUGAAAGAUGCUCAGCGUAGGGCGCUGAAAGAGUGGCGAGAUAAACAAGCUUCUCAUAAGAAAAAAUGUGACGUGAUUGAAGAUACUUCAGAUUACGCAGAAACCUCAGCUGCUCAAAACUUUCAAGCCCCAAUCCAACGCGAUCCUUCAAUUAAAGAGAAAAUUAAGAAGUGGAAGGAAAAGCAGGAAAAAUUGCGUGAGGAACAAAUACGAGAUCUUCAAGAAAAGAAAAAACAAGAAGAUGAGUUAUGGAGGAAAAAAGUUGCCUAUUUUGAGCAGCAGCGCAAAAUGAUUGAUAUGAAACAUAAAGAGCAGCGGAAAAUGAUAAAUAAGGAAAAAUCUACAGAACCAGAUGGAGUGCAUAUAGUUACAAAACACAUACCUCUAAAAGAGCUUUGGGAACAAGACAAAUUAUAUAUGUUAAGAAGACAGUCUCGCAUGCAAAGAUUUUCUGCAAUUUCUCGUGAGCGUUGCACCUCACAAACAAAAGUCCAUGCAGAAAGGGAUCCUGCACGCCUACUACGACCAACUGCUGUAUGGAAGAAUAGGGUCCGCCGUAGUUUGUCAGAAGACGGAAGUAAAAAAUUUCAAGGCAACCAGAUGUCUCUGUAUAUUGCAGAUGUGCCUCGAUUGGCAAUACCCAAAUGGAGAGAAGGUUUGGUAUAGUUUGAAUGGAUACUCCUAAGUUCAUUUUUUAUUUAUGUAAAAAAUACAUAUAUGUGCUCCCAAGACAAAAGAUAAAAAAAUUAUCUCAGUAAAAAAAUAAAUUAUCUGUACAAGUGCUGAUGUACUGCGUCACUAGAAAAC